UUUAAAAGAUUCAUUACUAUGCUGUUUUUUUUUUCAAGGACAUUUUUUAUAAGAAUAUCGCUAGGAGGAAAGACGAGUGUGACGUUAACUAAGUUUCCUAAUGUGCAGUUGUUGGCUAGAAAUAAAAACAUUAAUAUGGAAAAUUCUGAUCAAACAUAAAGAGGGCAAAUACAACAUUAGCCCUGAGACGAAAUAUCAUUCUGUUUUGUUGUUCAGGUGAAUACGAUUGUAUGGACUGGACAGAUGAGCGACCAUUUUGGCCCGGUUCUGGUGAUGCUUGUCCAUUACAAACAAGCUUUUCAUGUGAUGAGCAUAUUUGUAAACGCGCUGAAUUUUCAUGCGGAAAUGGCGAAUGUCAGUCAUUUGACACAAAUCGUUUAAAAAGCUUUUGGUUUACGGCAUAUUCAGAUUAUUGUCAAAAUUUGCGUGAACUAAACUAUAUUUGUGAAGCUAGUUCACAUUUUCGGUUAUGGACGAUCGAUAAUGGUUAUUGUUUGCCAUAUGAAAUACCGUAUGAUGAAACCGUCGUUGAUAAUAAUUGUAGUUUCUACGUUAAAUGUGCUCUUUCAUGUGGUUUAAAUCUAAAUUGUCCGUGUCGGAACGAUACUGUUGAUUGUAUAACUAAUAAAAUAAAGAUUACGUGCCCCGAUGAUAAAAUAUUGUAUCCACACGGUGCAUUAUUUACACCUUAUUAUCACCUAAUCUAUUUACGUGAGCAUAACUGGUUGGAGAAAACUCCCGAUUUUCUAUUAUACAAUGGGAGUAUCAAAUGUAAAGGUUAUCAAAUUAGCUCAUUCGAUAAACAAUAUGAAAAGAAAAUUGACUCUAAUACCCGAUUGCUUACAUUUUAUUUACAUGAAAAAGAUUUCUGUGAAUUAAAAAGUGCAAAUCGAUCUUCAUUAGCUCCGCAUUACGAUCAACAUUGUUGGAAUUAUUCAAAAACAUAUAAUAAUCGUCCAUAUGCUAUAUCUCAUGUAUGUAAUGCUCAAUGCAUGUCAGUGUAUCGUGUGCGAGAUGGCAUCUAUGAUUGCAUUGAAGAACAUGUAUCGGAUGAAGAUCGUGGUAUUAAUGGAUCAUGUCUUUCUAUUAAACAUCAUCGUUUUCAAUGUUCACAAUCAGAAAUAUCUUGUCUACUGGCCGGUGCUGUCGGUGACUCUGAUGCUCAUUGCACCAAUCGUCAAGAUGAAUAUGCAACAUCCGCACUAAAAGAUAUUAAAUGUGAAAAACCUAGCGACGAAGGCUGUCAAAUUCAUCGUGAAUAUAUUUCUCAUUCACCAAUGGCGAACAUGCUUCCAAUGUAUAACAAUAUAAGUGAAACAGCAGGAAGAAAAAUUCCGUUUCAAGAUUAUUGCAACUCAUUAAUUGAUACAAAGUCGGGAACNAACAAUGAAAAUGGUACCCCAACAUACCGUGAAUGGGACUGUAGUGACGCAUCGGAUGAACAAAAACUGAUUGCUAUUGACAAAUUUGAUGAACAUAACGUCGAAGCUGGUUUAAAUCUCAUAGAUAUGAAGCAAAAAUGUUUUGAAAAAUAUAAAGAUCAACCAUUUUCAACAAUUUGUAAUAUUAGCACUGAAUUUCCAUGUAUCGUUGAUCAUCCAAAGGAUCCACUUAAUUUUACAAUAAAUCGUCCUUGUAUUGAUCUAAAUCGAAUUGGCGACCAUAUUUCUGAUUGCAUCGGUAGUUAUGAUGAAAGAAAUAAUUUAGUAUGUGAAAUGCACGGUAUGUUGGGGUACCAUUUUCAUUGUUCAAAGUCUGUGACUUGCAUUGAAUAUCUUCAGUUAUGUAAAUUUUUGUGUCCAGAUGAACAUGCCCCUAUUUGUUUUCAUAAGGAAAGAAAGUAUAAAAAUGGUACAAUAAGUGAGUGUAAUAAUGAUAAUGAUGUAAUGUGUUUGAAUGAUACAUGUCUAAAAAAUGCGCGAUGUAAUAAGGUGUUGGACUGUCCAGAUGGUGAAGAUGAAUACUGGUGCAACCCUAAUGUUGCUGUUGAUCCCAGAUUUUAUAGAGAACAAAAACGACGACUUCGAUCUGCAAGGACAACAAAUAAACUACCUUACUAUCCAUUUAAUGAUAUUAUUAAGAAUAAACGUUCAAAUACUAAAUUAGUUCAGCAAAAAAGUGAUUAUUCUAAACUUAAUAUGAUAAAUAUCAAAGCGAAACAGAUAAGAUAUAAAACCGCUUAUGAAAUGGUAAAUAAUUUAUUUCCGGACAGUGUCAAGGAAGAAACGCAUUAUGUACCAUUUAUAUGUAAUCGUGGUGUAACUGUUCGUCAAAAGCAGCCAGAUGAUCAAUUAGAAGUGACUUCUUGUUUUUGUCCGCCUAGUUUCUAUGGUGAGAGAUGUGAAUACUUCAGUGAUCAUAUAACGAUAAUAACACAUCUCGAUUUAUCUAAUUGGCGUGUAAGCAAUAAUAAAAAUGUUGUCAUUAAAGUAUUAGCAUUAUUUUUAUUUAAUAAUACAAUAAUUGAUUAUCACGAUUUUCAUGUUCAAACAAUAUCGUAUAAAAAAAACGAUUUUAUUAAACAGAGAUUUUAUUUUCUUUAUCCACGAACAGAUGAGUUUAUUAAUUUAAAAAAAAAUUAUCGAAAUGGUACUCAACUAUAUAGUGUACGUUUUGAGGCAUAUGAAUUACAUAUAAAUUUGACUAUCAGUAUUAUUGGCGUUUGGAUAUAUCCAAUUUAUUUUGAUUUUUUACCAGCAUUUCGUUUAUCUAAAGUAUUAAAAUUAACGGAUAUCUCUACUAAUGAUAUUGUUUGUUCUACAAAUCCAUGUGGAAAUACUGGCCGAUGUCAACCAGUUAUAAAUAGCAACACAUCUUACGUUUGUUUAUGCUCAGAUGGUUGGUACGGUACUCAUUGUAAAAACUUUGAAAAUGGUAACUCAUGUUUAUAUUGUAAUUCAAAAGCUAUUUGUCGACCAUAUUAUUAUGGUUUAAACGAAACUAAACAAACAUACUGUUUAUGUCCAUUAGAGCAUUUUGGUUCAACAUGUCACAUCAAAUAUGAUGGAUGUGAAAUAAAUGAUUGUAUGAAUGAUGGAACAUGUUUAUCAACAUAUGAAUUAACCGAUAAUAUUGAACAAUAUAAAUGUGUAUGUACAAAUCAUUUUUAUGGUCCACACUGUCAAUUUGUUAGAGAAGUCGUACAAAUUCAAUUUAGCAAUAUCACAGCAGAACCAUCAGUAUUAGCUACUAUAAUACAAUAUUGUGAUGUAGACAAUUCAUUUGCUGAUUUGAUUAUUCGUCAACAAAAUGUGUAUAAAAAUAAACUAUCUCAUGUAAUUUUUAAGCAUGAUCAACAGUAUGCACCUGCUAUUGGAAUUAUUAAAUUAUAUUUUGAUUACACGUAUGAAUCGCAAUAUUUUUUGGUCUAUAGUCGUCAACAGAAAUCAACAGUUAAUAUAACAACAGAAUUAUCAGCAAAAAAUCAGUGUCAACAUGUUAAAACUCUGUUUCCAAUUGAACAUUUGAACAACAAAUCAAUAACAGGUAUGUUACGAGACCGAGAUACCCGUUUUCCCGUGUCUACCCGGGUACGAGACACGAGACCAUACCCGGGUGCGAGAGCGAGUAUACGAGAACCCCGGUCUCGCUCUCGGUCUCGUUACAUACCUAAUUUUGAUGACGAAUUAGAUUCACUUACAUUUUGGUGUUAA